CCGUCCCGAUCGUCCCGUGGAAGGUGCCCUGUUUUGCAAUCACUUGUCUGGAAGUAGAAGUUAGAACCGUAAACCGCACCGGAACCCCGAAAGCCAGCUCAAGCGGCUAUUCGUCCGUCGCGGAACAUCGUCGUCGUCGUACGGAGCGAGCGAAAUGAGAGUGUGACUGUCGGAAGUGUGUGCGAGCAGAGCAGCAUACCACCGUCGAUGGUCGUCAAUGCCGUCAUUUUUUCUUCCUCCUCGGCACGGUCACUAUCCGUUUUCUCGAGUAGGCUGUGUACGAUGUUUGAUGUAAAAACGAAAGGACGAGUUAACUUUCAUUAAACCGUGCUCGGAAAAAGCGGUGUGAACUCGUACGGUGCCAAGGAAGUUCGACCAUUUCGCUCGACGGGAAACAUUCCGUCCGCUAUGUAACAAGGCGCUCUAUACGCGGCUACCGAAACGGGGUGAAGACGUCGGACUCGAGUACGGUACCUGUGUGUGGUGCGGUGUGGUGUGCACGGUGCUAGUUAAUGUGUGUGCGUGCAUAUUUUACAGCUCGAAUACCCGACCGCGACCCAUCGCGGUAAAUUCGCCUUUUUACACAAAAGUUUUGCAAGUUUUAAUUACGAACAAACGGAACCAAAUUUAUCCAAAACCACACGAAAUUGGUCCGCCGCAUACUUCGAUCGCGGUAUUGGAAUCGCCUGGAGAAGAUCGGUCGGCAGGGGCAAUAGUGAAGGGGGAGAAAAAUAGCAAAAAUUAACACACCCGGGGGGCGCCUUCCUUCGACGAUCGGGAUUCUCCAUCCAUCAUUCCUGGUGAAAUUAUUUAGCUGAUUGAUUGUGAUUGUGAAAACUCUUUUUGCACCGCAGGAAAAUGAGUAGCUCUGAGGAGGUAUCAUGGAUUUCCUGGUUUUGCGGACUGCGCGGUAAUGAAUUCUUUUGCGAGGUGGAUGAAGACUACAUACAGGAUAAAUUUAAUCUGACGGGAUUGAACGAACAAGUACCGAAUUAUCGCCAAGCGCUGGACAUGAUUCUGGAUCUCGAACCGGAGGAUGAAAUCGACGAUAAUCCCAAUCAAUCGGAUCUAAUCGAGCAAGCUGCAGAGAUGCUGUACGGUCUGAUUCACGCUAGAUAUAUUCUUACUAACCGUGGCAUUGCUCAAAUGAUAGAAAAAUAUCAGGGUGGCGAUUUUGGCCACUGCCCACGCGUUUACUGUGAAAAUCAGCCUAUGCUUCCACUAGGUCUUUCCGACGUACCCGGUGAGGCAAUGGUAAAGUCGUACUGUCCCAAAUGUAUCGACGUGUACACACCAAAGUCUUCGCGGCACCACCAUACCGAUGGUGCUUACUUCGGAACUGGAUUCCCGCACAUGCUUUUCAUGGUACACCCCGAGUACCGUCCCAAACGUCCCGCAAAUCAAUUUGUACCACGUCUUUACGGUUUUAAGAUCCACUCCCUAGCGUAUCAAAUCCAACUGAAGGCAGCAGCUGAUUUUAAGGCACCGCUUCGAAUGGUAAAUGGCAAUCGUGGCGGGGUACCAAAUGCGUAAAACAAUAUUAAUUUUGUAUAUCCAGCACAUUGGGUGUUACAGAUAAACUUCCUUAUAGUAAUCCACACUUUCGAACCAAUUUAAAUUUGUGAGAACUUACACUUGGAAACAAAAUCAAUUCAAAGAAUUUUGCAACGAGAUAAUGUAGUGAACGUAUGCGAGCAUAAGAAAUUAAUUUGUGUUUAUCUGUGUAUAAUUGAUUGAAAUUUUGAAACAAAAACCUUUUUCAAUUCAACGGAACAAGUUGCAGUUGAAGUACGUAAUUUUUUUAAUGGCGCAACAUCCCCAUAUGGGACUAGUCCUCUCUCCGAAGAUAGUUACUGUGACCGACAGGCGAUAUAUUUAUUAUAUAUCGGGGGUUAGUCGUUCGUAAUACCGGGGAGUACCCAGACUGUAGAUUCGAUCCCACAUAUAUGGCGUUGUGUUACCAUAUUUUCGGGAGUAGCAUAUUGAUAAUAACGCAGUUUUGGUGAUUCUGGAAACGCACUGUUUCCUCUGAUUCUGAUUUUUUGGACCAUUGUAUUUUACAAUUAUUAUUAUUAUUCGUUAAUUAAUAAUUAUUUGCGUUAAUUGCCAAUUCGUUACUGUCCGUAGAACCAAUAAGAAC